AUGAUGGGCAAACCUACAGAGCCCUCAGAAUUUCCAACGGAGUCAUAUGGAGGGAAUUACGAUUAUGGAAUAGAUGAAGACGUGGAUGAAUACGGAUGGAGCAAGCCAGAUGAGAAACCAAAGAAACAUUAUGGUACCCUUGAGAAGGAACUAGAGUUUGAGUUGGAGAUUGAAGAAGUUGAGCCAGAUGAACAUGGGGAACUACAACCCAAAGAGACCAAACCUGAUGAAACGUACGACUAUGGAGAUAUAUGGGAGGAAGGAGAAACACUACCACCCGAGGAGACCACUCCUGAUGAGACGUAUGACUAUGGAGAUAUAUGGGAUGAGAAACCUUGGUACGGAGAAACAUUACCACCAAUAGAACCCAAACCUGAUGGAACGUACGACUAUGAAGAUGCCUGGGAGGAAAAGCCUCGGAAAGAAUCAAAACCUAAAAAACCUAAGAAGAUUCCAGAAGAAACAGAUCCAGAUGAAUAUCUGCCUCCACUUGGUAAAGAAUGUCCUCCUCUGGGUCUUGAGUCCCACAAAGUAGCUGAUGAUCAAUUACUAGCAUCUUCUUUCCUUCGACAUGGACUUGGCCCUCACCGUGUUCGACUUAAUAUGCAGGCAGGUACUGAAAAUGAGGAGGAGGAGGAGGACUAUUACGAUGGGGCCUGGUGUGCUCAAGUGGACGACCAAUCACAAUGGAUUGAAGUUGAUGCCCGAAAACUGGUUGAAUUCAGUGGAGUUAUCACCCAGGGCCGGGAUUCACUGCUCCACAAUGAUUGGGUGAACACAUACUACGUGCAGUUCAGCAAUGACAGCCGUACAUGGAUGACGUACACAGAUGGAUAUUACGAUUGGCUUUUUUUUGGAAAUGUGGACACAGAUACACCAGUUCUGAGUGAAUUCCCAGAAACUGUUGUUGCUCGUUUCAUCCGAAUAAAUCCACAGAGCUGGAAUGGAAGCCUAUGCAUGAGAAUGGAGGUGCUCGCCUGUCCAGUGUCAGCCCACAAUCAGUAUGAGUCAAAUGAAGUGACAGGAGAGGGACUUGACUUCAGGCAUCACAACUACAAGGACAUGCGUCAGCUGAUGAAGGUUGUGAACGAGCAGUGCCCAAACAUUACCCGGAUUUAUAACAUCGGAAAAAGUUCCCAAGGAUUGAAGAUCUAUGCCAUGGAAUUGUCAGAUAAUCCAGGAGAGCAUGAACCUGGGGAGCCGGAAUUUCAUUACACUGCUGGAAUGCAUGGGAACGAGGUCCUAGGGCGGGAGUUACUACUGCUUCUAAUGCAAUUCCUGUGUAAGGAAUACAUCUACGGAAACCCCCGGAUCACACGAUUAAUCGAUAGCACAAGGAUACACCUUGUACCCUCUCUCAAUCCAGAUGGUUACGAACUGGCUUAUGAAAUAGGAUCAGAACUAAGCAGUUGGGCACUGGGAUACUGGACAGAAGAAGGAUUUGACCUCAGUGACAACUUUCCAGAACUGACGUCCAUAUGGGCUGCGAAGGACAAAAGAGGACCUCAAAGAGUUGCCAAUCACCACCUUCCUAUACCAGAGGAAUACCAAUCAGAAGAAGAGGCGGUUGCUAUGGAAACACGUGCUAUUAUAGCAUGGUUAGAAAAAAUCCCUUUCGUGCUUGGAGCCAACAUCCUUGGAGGUGAACAAGUGGUGACGUUUCCAUUCAACAUGGCAAGACCCGAAGAGGAAAGGGAAGAGAUGAUGCGAAGAGCACAAAUGUUAGAUGAUUACGAGGAAAGUGAAAACCUCAAUUACAUGGAUACACCAGAUGACGCAGUAUUCCAGUGGCUAGCCACCUCUUAUGCUUCUGCACAUCUUGGGAUGGUUGAAACAUACCAAGGCAAAUGCCACACUGACGAUUUUACUAAAGGCUUUGGAAUCAUCAAUGGUGGAGCAUGGCGUCCAUCUGUUGGCACUAUGAAUGAUUUCUGCUAUCUGCACACCAACUGCUUCCAACUCUCCAUUUACGUUGGCUGUGACAAGUUCCCUCAUAAGUCUGAGCUGCCAAAGGAAUGGGAGGACAACCAGGAGGCACUGCUCCACUUUAUGGAACAGAUACAUCGUGGAUUAAAAGGCCUGGUACGGGAUUUGGAUGGAAAUGCAAUUGCCAAUGCCACAGUGUCAGUUGAAGGAAUAAACCACGAUGUGAAAACAGCAACUGAUGGGGACUAUUGGCGAAUACUGAACCCUGGUGAUUAUCGAGUGACUGUGAAAGCAGUGGGUUAUGCAACCAGCACACGGGUGUGCCAUGUAGGAUAUGAGAAUGAGGCAACAGAGUGCAACUUUAAUUUGCGCAAAUCCAACUGGCACAGAAUUCAGGAAAUCAUGGAACAAUAUGGACGCAAGCCCAUCAAUGUGAUCCUGUCACGAGGAAGGAGGGUAAAGAAGAUCCGAAAAAUUCGGGUACAUGCAGGAAGACGGAUGGGUCACCAAAACCAGACUCGGACAUUACAGUAGAGGACUCGCUCAAUUGUACAUUUAUGGAUUUAAUUUGGGAAUAAAGGGCUUUUUGUUUAGAAGCAAUGAUGUCACUGAAGGACUGUUAAUCAUAAUGAUGUCUGUAAAAAUCGUUACAGGCAACAGUCUUAUCGAUAUUGUAAAUUGCUAUCGUUUACGGUCAGUGUGUGUAGAUCAAGUUUCAGGCAGAUUUAAUUUUGUGAGGAGACAAAGUAGCACUCUCUUAAAGCUGACCUUUCAAACAUUAGCAUUAUUAGUAGUCACAUAGUAUUUUAAAUAUAACACUAUGCAUUCUUCUGAAGCUAGGCAACAUUGCAAUCAGUCUCAUGACCUAGCUUAACAUGGGUGCAUCAAGAUGAAGAGGUAAUGCGUCUCCAAAACCAACCUUCUGUGCAAUCUAAUUAUUGUAAACAACAGAACAAAACUAAACAUACAUACCCAACUCGAUACAGUGAAACUACAACCUGCACCAAUUUCCUUUAUUUACUUACACAAAUUAAGCUCCAUGACAUAAAUAUUCCAAGUUACAACCUUCAGAAACCCUAUUCUAUCCAAGUAUGCAAAAUUCUUUUCUCGACAUAAAGCUAUGACAUAUUUAGAAAUUUAUACUAAAUUUGCUUGUGGAACAGACAUUGUAAGAGCAUUGCCAAACCAUGCGAAACCAGAACUUAAAACUCAUGGAUCCAAGGGAUUGGUACAGAUUUCAUCUAAACAAGUGGCAAAAUUAAAUAUUUAAUCAUUGCUAUGCUACAGCUGAUUUCUGCCAAUUACAGUAGAUGUAGAAACAACUGAUCAUCAGAUUCUAUUCUACUCACUAUGAAAGUGAAAGAAUUAUAGAUGUUGGAAAUUUAAUUUAAAGAAACAAUUCUGGAAAUGUUUUGCAGGUCGCGCAGCAUCUGUACACACAAAAUCAGAGCUAAUAUUUCAGGCUACUGACGAAUACUCAAUUAGUUACUACUUGUAUCUGUAGCAUCAAUACUAGGAUUCGAGAGAUGACCACAGGCCACCACCAGGUAGUCUAUUUUCUACAUGCCAGGCAGUGAAAUAAAUCAAGCUAUCAUGUGGACCUAUCAGAAAAAAAAUCCUUUAACAUAUCAGACAACAAAAAUGACCACAAAGUCUCACCACUGCAAAAGCAUGUGACAUUUCAGUGGUUUGGUAAAAACAUUCAAAACUCGCUUGCGCUUUCCACCCUUAUUAUCGUUGUGCGUCAGAAGUCAAACUGUCAUACUUGCAGCUCCUAAUUGAAUCAUGCUAAGAUUGCUGAUGCACUUUUGAUCAAACAGAAAAAUUAAGUAACCAAGUUUUAGCCUAUCCCACCAAAACAGAUUUCCAAGAAUGGAGAAUUACAAUGUAUUGACAAUAAAAAAUACAGUUAAGGACAUAACUGUGACCGAAGAUAGACAUUUUAGUUCAUGGGAAUGUAAAUAUCUUGGAAUUUCUUCCUUUCAAUUACAAAACCAAUUUUAACUUGCCAUCACUAACAAUAGAUUUUCAAUACUGGUUAUUGAAAAGGUUCUUGGGAAAGUGUUUGUUGAUUUGAUGCUAAGAGUGAUGUGCACUUCCACUCAGCUCAGUGGGAUUUUCGGUUAAUGGCAAGUUUCUGAGGGAGAGAUCUGUAUUUAAUAUCACAGUUAUAAUUGUUUUUUGUGCACCUGUUAUGCAAUAGAAAACAGUUCAGAUAGGAAAUGCAGUAUCAAGAGUUGCCAGAUGGUUUUCCUGCACAGAAGUUCCUUUGUUUCAAAAUAUAUCCAAUAUUUUAACAGAAUAAAAAGAGAGAGUACAUAA